AUUUUUCUUCAGCAUUCAGGGUCUGGAAGUGACCGAAGUGAGUAAGAGAGACAAAAUUCUGCACUGUACAGCUUUUCCCUCCAUACCCAAGGAGGAAGAUAGGAAUUUUGUGAGGAGAAAGCAUCUAACUGUCACUAUUUCAGUGGCAGAAAUCCUAGAGCAUCAAGUAGGAAUGAGUUUAUUCAGGCAGGCAGCAUCGUGGGAGAAAGCAGCAUCGUGGGAGAAAGCAAAGAUCAGAGAUCUGAUGUUUCAUAUUUAACCACAUCCUGCCUGUGUGAAAAAUAUUAAAAAGCACUUCAGCAGUUUCUCUCAGUUUUUUUUUCUAAACAAACUGCAUCAAUGGCUUUUAGCCCAUGGCAAAUAUUAUCACCAGUCCAGUGGGCAAAGUGGACAUGGUCUGCUGUCCGUGGUGGAGGAGGUAGUGGGGAAACAGAAGAAGUACCCGAUGAAGAUGAUUCUCAAGCUGAAGACAAAUCCUUAAACUAUAGUUCUGAUUCAGAAGGUCAUUUUGAGACCCCUGAAGCGGAGACACCAAUCCGAUCCUUGGAAAAGGAACUGCCAUUGGAAGCAGACCAUCCUGAUCCAGGUUUGGACAGUGAUGAACAGCUAGUAGCUGAAGUUCCAUUUAAAUCUGUGCUUCAGGAUGAUAUACGAUUACAGCAGGAUAAGGAACAAGCCCUUCUUAUUCAGCAGAGCUGUAAUUCAAACCAAGAGUCCCUGCUAGUUGAUAGUAGCAUUAGUUCGCUGUCUGCACCAAGGUCUGUGGAAACCGAUCCAUCUGUAGGUAUGGUGCUAAAGAGUCAAGCACAGGCGGAGUUUACAGCUGAUCUAAAUGAGCAGUUUCUGGAAACAGAUGUUUCCUUGGCAAUCCAAAACAAAGACAUAGCAGAUAAAAUGAUGGUGGUUCCAUCGGAAGAAACAGCCUCAGUCCUGUCUCAAAGUGAGGCCUUCUCCCUUGAUGUACCUUCCAUUAAGAAAAAGUCUACUAAACAUGAGCCCCAUUCACUGAGAAAGACCGUGCCUGAAAAUGCAGAAUCCUGUGCUGACCAAAGUCAAACAGCUGUCCCCAAAGCAACCUACAGCUUUAACACAGACAAUCCAAAUGAACUGUCUGACCCUUUUGCAUCCAGAGGAUCUCUAGAGCAGAAUUCUUUUCAAGAUUCCAAGAAAAACAUUGCUGAAGAAAGUAUUCUUCGAAAGGAUACUUCUGCUGAAGUUGAACAAUCCACAGUUAAACCUGAAUCUGAUUUGGCUGCCAAUAAAGAAAAUGCGGACCUGGACAAAUCUUUGCCAAAGAAGGCAUUGAAGAAGCCAGCCAGUAGAUUGGCAACUAGAAAGCAUAUACCUGUGAAAAAAGUUGCUGCCCCAGAAAAUGCAGAGAAUAUACUGACCUCUUCUGGAGUUGAUGAUAUUCCUAUUCCAAAAAGCAACAGUAACUUUGACUCCAAUAAAUGGGAUGAUCCCAAUUUUAACCCCUUUGGUGGAACCCGUAAGAUGCAGAACAGUCCCUUAGCUUCCAAGAGCUCCUAUAAUUUUGACCCAGAUAAUUUUGAUGACUCUGUGGAUCCUUUCAAACCUUCCAAGACAUUAAGCAAUGUGGCAGAUAUGGGUCCUCAGGCUGAUCAGUUUAUUGAGAACUUGAAGCCUGGCAAAUGUGAUUUAUCCACUGAUGAAGGAAAAACUGUCACAGCUUUACCAAAGAAGUCAAACUCUCGAAUAAUAACGACUGCUGAACAAGUUCGAUUUCUCUGUUUUCUGUUGAAUUCAUGCAAAGUGAAGACCUAUGAAAAUGAUCUACUACUCCUGGAUGUCGCUUCUCAGGAUGAAGAAAUUGUGACGACCUCCAAGACUGAUAUAACACAGCGGGAUGGACAUGCCACUGAUGAAGAAAAGCUAGCUUCUAACACAUCAACUCAGAAGUCAGCUGUGCCUGAGGUGAAAGGAUUCGAAAAACAGCCAGUGAAAGAAGUAGACGAAGAUAUUCCUAUUACACAUUGUGACAUUACGUUGUCCCCAGUGGAACUUAGCAGUGGCAAGAGUGUUGUGUCCCCCGAGAGUGAAAAGGAAAGCCCGCUUGACAACAUCCCUCUCAGUGAGGCGGACAAGGUAGCAGUUCUUGCCCUGAUCCGAGAAGAGAUUAUAACAAAAGAAUUUGAAGCAAGUGAAUGGAAGAGAAAAUAUGAAGAAAGUCGGCAAGAAGUCCUAGAAAUGAGGAAUAUUGUUGCUGAAUAUGAAAAUACAAUUGCACAGAUGAUUGAAGAUGAACAAAGAACACGCUCGUCAUCUCAAAAGACCCUUCAGCAGAUGACUGCAGAGAAAGACCAGGCCAUUGCAGACCUCAACUCUGUAGAAAGGUCUCUCUCUGACCUUUUUAGAAGAUAUGAAAACAUGAAAGGGGUGCUAGAAGGAUUCAAGAAGAAUGAAGAAGCACUAAAAAAGUGUGCUGAAGACUACUUGGCCAGAGUCAAGCAAGAAGAACAGCGGUAUCAAGCCCUAAAGAUGCAUGCCGAAGAAAAACUCGACAAGGCUAAUGAAGAAAUAGCUCAGGUGCGAACCAAAGCUAACGCAGAAGGCACAGCAUUACGUGCCAGCCUACGGAAGGAACAGAUGAAGGUCGAGUCACUAGAAAUGGAACUGAAACAGAAGAAACAAGAGAUUGACGAACUGACCAAGAUUUGUGAUGAGCUUAUUGCCAAAGUGGGGAAAAGUGACUGAAUUCUUUGACCAUGUGUGGAGCGCUGCUCAAGGUUUUUUCUUGUUUCAAGCACGUUGCCUUACCCAGAAACACCCCUCGGUAAACUGUACCAAGUACGCUUUCAAUAGAACUGCUCAUUGUAAAAAUGGAACAAGUCGUGCCAGCUAGACCACCUGGCCCACACUGCUUUGAUUCUUCACAGCAGUGAAAAAACCACGGAAGAUAAGAUGCUGUUUUUAGGUGUACGAACCAUCAGUGUGCACUUAAAUUCAUGAAUGGAAGCAAAAGUAUAAACUGUUUUCCUGAGAAACUUGAAUGGUUCUGGGUAGAGCUGUCUAUAUAAAUGUUUAGAUGGUGAACAGAGCAUCUAAUCACCUUCAUUAAUGAAGGGAGUUUUAAAUUUGACACCAUUUAUUUUUAAUUGUAAAUUUUUUUAUUCUAAAUUAUUCUUAACAGCAAGACACUUAAACUCCAUAACAGACUGCAGGUGUUUAAGUACAGGUCAGUACAUGAACAGUUUAACAUUAGCUUAACUGUUUAAUUAGUAUCACUGAAGUAGAAUGCUACAGACUUAAGAUGCACAUUUCUGUGGUCGUCUCAGACUAUUAGCUGUUGGGUACAAAGCUGGAAACACGUGUGGGUGCAAGAAGGAUCACAUACUGAAAACUGAAGAGAGACUGUAUAUAAAUAGUGCAGGUGAUUAUCCUCUGCCUUUGUCUUGACCCACCUGCUCCUCUUAAUUGAGGAACAGUUCCGCAUCCUGACUAGCUAACUGUAAAAACAAAGGAAUAUCUGCAUCCUGACUAGCUAACUCUAAGACCAAAGGAUGCACUUUGCAGCUUUUAUGAAAAGGUGUUAGUUUGACCAAAAGCCUUGCUCUUAACUUGACUGUGGUUCCACGGUCUAUUAUUUUGUAAAUAUGUUAAUUAUCUCCUAUGUUCUGUGAUUUUGAAGAACUGUCAACAGUAGUAAAGGCAAAGCUCUGUGUGUAUAUAUUGUUGGGAAAAGGAUAGGAGUUUCACGACACAUGAAAUGGCUAAUUGGGGUACUGAAAUCAUUUAGAGUGAUCCCCGAAUGUAAUAAAAUAGCUGUGAUAUCACUAGUUGUUGCCUUUUGCAGACUUUCACCACCUCAGUGAACUUUUUGCAAGCAAAGUAAAUGAUCAUGUUUUAAUAAAAGAGGUGAUGAUAUUUGUGAUGUCAGGUGGCUUGUGCUUGCUUCUAUUUGCAGUCUUUGAUGCACAUUGACUAAGUUGUAUUUGUAUACAGAAUAGUUGCUAAGGCUUUAACCAGGUGGUCAAGUCACUUUAAAUAAUUAAUACUUUUCCUGCAUUACAUUCCUGUAGAUGGUUCUAAAAUUAAAUUUGAGGUGGUCUUA